AUGCUGACGCUGACAGGCGCUGAAGUCACAACGGACGCCCUGUGCUUCCUCCUCGUCCUGCACCCCGGCCCUCACGGCCAGUCAAAGGAACGAAAACAGAACCCCCCGAACACAGCGGGCGCAACAACGGGUCAGACACCCGUACGAAAUCCGUGCCUUCUGGGCUUCAACUCGCUCACCAUGUCUGGACGUAGCGCUCACGUGCGCAAGAAGAUCAACACGGAGGCCACGAAGGACGGCAAGUCAGCAUCGCGGAGUCGAGCCAAGUCGGCCGCCAGCCACGACCGCGACGAUGUCACCAUUUCCGACUUUCCCAUGCCCGGGAAUUCCCUUCCUGUUGGCACCGGUGUCGGCACGACCAAUGCGCGGUUCCUGAAAUUCUCAGAGCCGGCGCGGGACAUGGACCACGGCUCGGACUUCCGCAACGUCAGCACAAUGAGCAUCAGCAGCGGCGGUAGCGGAGCCAGCGCCGAGCGGAGAGACCAGCAUGACUACGGCUAUCGGGGCCCGAGGAGGCCCAAUCUCAAGACGGAAGACGUUUCUGGCAUCGAGAAGUCGGGGUUUCGAAAUAUCCUCGAUAAGAAGAGCGACGACGUGAGGAAAGGGCUCGCUAAGACGUUUACGUUCAGGCGGAAGGAUAAGGAGGAAAGGCGCGGCAGCGUAGACCAAUCUUCCGAGCAUCGGCCCAACUCGGUCGCGACGGUGCGACCACAGGCCUACAGCGGCAACAACGAAUCGGAACCGCGCGUGUACGAGGGCAUCAUCGGGAGUGGCCCUUAUGCCCCCGGGCCGGUGCAACGACAACAGCAGCAGCAGCAGCAGAGCCUGGUCCAGGAACAGCCGGCCCCGUGGGAAGGCCCUGCGGCGAUGGCGCCACCACCAACCAGCAAGCUGCCGCCCAUUCCACCGCCGACGAUGGCACCAGCUAUCAGGCGCUGGAUCGGCGGCGGAAGGCCGGUACAGCGCUGGAACAAACUGCGCAAGGAUCCCGAGCUGUGGGAUCCGAAUGGCGAUGUGCUCAUCUUCUUCGGACACAAAGGCCAGACGCCCCGACCGAAUCCGUCCUUCCGUUUGUCAUCGCACAUCAUCGAGGCGACAGAGUCACGCCAACUCAUCACCAUGCUGCGAGAGGGGUCCACCGAAGAGGACAUCUACCUACCCCCCUCGCCCCUUGGCGCGCCGCCCAUGCUACGCUUCGACGGCCGGCGCGGGGGCCAAGCGACGGGAAGGGGAGGACAUCCUACGCCACCCGUGUCGGAGGACAACAGCUUCGGCGAGGCAGACGGCCAGAUCUCAUACGAGAUGUACUUUCCUACGCCUUCCAACAUGCAUAAGACUGAUCAACUACGGCACCACAUCACAACGCGCAAUGUCUUUGCUUUACUUUACCAUGCGUCCAUUGUCGGCAUCACGUUAUGCCAAGCCCUGACCGACCUUCAUAUCCGACUCGAUGCCUACCUCCCUGCUGAUGCGGACAACGUCUUGACUAUCAUCAAAUAUCUCACAGCACGAGGUAUUGAUGAUGUUCGCAACGACGCUGAAACGGCAGUCGGUCUUUUGGCGUGGUCAGAGGGAGCCGACGUACGGUGGGAGGACGGGUGGAAAGAGAGUUUUCCCCACUGCGCCGGCAUGUACAAUCAGCUGGAAGAGUGUGCCGACUUCAAGAGCCUCACGCCGAUUACCAGGGCGCUCCUGGAGCGGGCAUGCCUCGAAACGCAAUUGCGGGUGCAGGCUGCUGAAGAACGCCUCGUGGACCUGCAGAUCCACGACAUGUGGCCAAACUCAGGCCCCCUCGCCCAGAGUCCGGCCAAGGCGGCUGCAGACAGGCUGCAAAAGUUUCUGCUUGGUCACUACACGCGCAUCUACGGAUGCUGGCCGCCGCCGCCGCCGCAGCAGCAGGAAGAGGAGGACGGCGAAGACAUGUGGCUCACACGGGGCGUCACGCAGGCGCUGCAACGCGAUUUUGGUGCACUGUACGACUAUCUGGUGAACCGCGACAUUGUAUGGGAUGGGUCGGAGGCGCGCGCCGGACGGAAAUGGAUCAUGGUCAGCGAGUCGGGCAACCGUGGGUUUGAUGCGGAUGACGCUGAGCUGCCCAUGACGGACAUUCUUGUCGAGUUUGACAACCGAAUGCGCUUUCCGAGGAUCCCUCACCCAUACCCACUCGUGCCAGAGUCGAUUCCGGCGACUGGCGGCGGUGGAGGCGGGAGGGAGGGAUCGUCCUCCAUGUUCAAGAGCUCGCGCAAGUCGACGACGUCUACUUCGAGGGGUGGAGCGCUCGAGAGGCGAGUCCAGCUGGCGUACACAGAGGCGACAAAUAUCUACAUUCUCGGCUCGGAGUUUACGCAUUCAGAUCUGAUCGAUGGCUUUGUCAAGUUUGAGAAGACAGAUGCAGUGGGUGAGGUGGAACCUGCUGUCGCGAGACGCGGACGGUGGGUGCUCGUGUACGGAAUCCUCCAGAUUUUGGCAAGCAUUUCGGUCGAUGCACCGGGAGUACGUUACCGCGAUGACGUGACGUAUCAUCUGUCGGUGCGACUCCGCGGAGCCAAGGUGCCACCGUGGAAGGGCGCCUCCGGGUCGACGUCACAGGUUCGGGGCAUGGAGGAGGCGGCGCAUGAGCUGUCGCACUGCUGGAUCGUGCCGCGUACGUGGAAGGGCGAAGAUGACGGAGGGCCGCCGUCGAGCAGUGGGGCAGAAAGCGAAGGAGGGUCCGACAACAUGAGCCCGGUCACUGCGAAUGGGCAUUUUAUCGGUAUCGGCCGGGCCUGGGGGCAUCCUCCUGGACGAGCAACACAAGACAAGGGACACCACGGCAUGGGACGGUCGCCGCAGUCAUACGCAGGAGGGUACAGCUCAGCUCCGAGUGUCACGAGCGAGAGCGACGGCGGAAUGAGCCGGGCUUCGAGCAGGAUGGGGAGUCGUUAUGGAGGCGGUGGUCCCUCGAGCGCCGGGUCGCACUAUGACCGGGCCGGCGACGUUGAGCCGCAGUCGAGAAGCCGAAGACGGGACCAUGGCGAUGGCGGAGCGGGGCGCUCUUCGCUGGCCGUCAUGUCCGGAGGCAGCGGGAGGGACGAAUACGGCAUGAGCUCUGGGCGGUCGCCGAGGAUACGGGAUUUCGACCUGGAUGUGAUUGAUGAUGCGGAGCCGUAUCACGACACCUCCACGAUCUCUACGAUCUCCACGAUGGACGACACAGUCGACCUCGCCGAAUACCUCUUCACGCGCCUGCGCCAGAUGGGCGUGGGCGCCGUCCACGGCGUCCCGGGCGACUACAACCUCGUAUCCCUCGACCACGUCAAGCGCGCAGGCCUCCACUGGGUCGGCAACGCCAACGAGCUGAACGCAGGCUACGCCGCCGACGGUUACGCGCGGCUCAAGGGCGCCGGCGCGCUCGCCACCUCGUUCGGCGUCGGCGAGCUGUCCGCCCUCAACGCCGUCGCCGGCGCCUACGCCGAGAAGGUGCCCGUCGUGCACAUUGUCGGCACGCCGUCGCGGGCCGCGCAUGCGGACGGCGCGUGCCUGCACCACUCGCUCGGCGACGGCAACUUUCGCGUCUUCGCCGACAUGUACGCGUCCGUCACCGUCGCGCAGGCCAGGCUCGACUGUCCCGCGACGGCGCCGCGCUUGGUCGACGAGGUGCUGCGGGCCUGUCUCGUCGAGAGCCGGCCGGUCUAUAUUGAGCUGCCGUCCGAUAUGGCCGCUGCCAAGGUGCCGAGACCAACGACACUGACCGAUCUCUGGACUUCGACGACUUCGGCGGGGUUCUUGGUUGACAAAGCCCGAGUGUUGUGUUCCAUGAUCGCCGAGGCGAAGAGGCCCAUGAUUCUGGUCGACGGCUUUGCUGCCCGCUUCCAUAUCCGAAAAGAAAUCAACCAGCUGGUCCGGAUUUCACAGAUCCCGACGCUGACGACACCCUUCGGCAAAGGCAUCGUCGACGAAACGCUGCCAGGCUACAAGGGAAUGUUUUGCGGUUCGAUGGGAAAUAAAGAUCUCCAGGACUGGGUCGACGGCUGCGACCUGGUACUUCACUUUGGGCCGCUCCGUUCUGACGUCAACACAUUUGGAUUCAGUGCGCGAACAAAUGCGUCCAGAACUCUUAUCUUUGAAAAGAACGCUGUCGAACAUGACGAAUCUACGGAUCCUUUCCUACUGAACGAGGUAUCAGCAACAAAGCUGCUCGUACAGUAUACCGUGGGGAUAUAUGAAGCGUGCAUAGGGAUCAAGACGUUUCCGUACCCCCCCAUCAGAAACCUCCCAAUGGACCUGUUGAAGAAUCUACCAGCACCAACUGUCAGUUCGCCGGUGGACCAGAAAACCUUUUGGCUUCGCGUGUCCCGCCUGUUUCGACCAGGCGACAUCAUCCUUACCGAAACGGGAACAGCCUCCUAUGGAGGACAAAACUUCGUCCUCCCAAAAGACACGAUUCUCAUCAACUCUUCCCUCUGGCUGUCCAUUGGCUACACGCUGGCAGCCGCUCAAGGCGCUGCGCUCGCCCAGAGAGAAAUGUUGGAAGCCGGCGACCGGCCGCACGGAAGAACGAUCCUCUUUGAAGGCGAGGGAAGCCUGCAAAUGUCCGCUCAGGCCAUGAGUGAUAUGAUUCGAAACCGCCUUGACAUUAUCAUCUUCGUCAUCAACAACGGCGGCUACACCAUUGAGCGUCUCAUUCACGGUUUCAGCGCAAGCUACAACGACGUCCAGCCGUGGAGGAACCUCGAGGCCCCGUCUUUCUUUGGAGCUCCUCGAGAUGAUCUUCUGUAUCCGGUCAGGACCAGACGGGUCCAGACAUGGGGCGAUUUGGAAUCUGUGAUGCAGGACCUAGGCAUCCAGAGCGGAAAGGGCAUGAAUGUGAUUGAGGUUUUCAUGGACGUAGCUGACGCACCUCAGUCCCUGAAGAACAUUGCUGAUUAUGUUCGGAAAGAGAAUAAAGCUGAUAAUGCAGAUGGGUGUCAGACGGAGGCCGGGGACUCUCAAGACAACGACAUUACUUCCCUCUUCACCAUCUUUACCACCACGACACACCUCACACAAGUAGACGCGACGCACGUUGCUACGACCACCAAAAUGUCACCCGUAGAGAGUCGGCUGUGCGCCAUCUGCCGGGAAGCGAUCCAGUGGAAGAGCGACGGCCUUACAAACAGCCGGGUCACGCCCGCUGACCAGUCCUUGGAACGGUUUCGAAAGGCUGCGGCCGACAACUGCUUUGUCUGUCGCAAGUUGAUUGAUCUCAGCGAGGAGCAUCGAAAGGCGUGGGAUCGUCUUGAACCCGAAGCCUGGAGCCCUUUCGAGUAUGCCACAUUUCAGAGUACCAUCAGUGGGGCGGGAUCCUGGUUCAGGUUCUCGGUCAUCUUCGAUGACCCAACCCCGGAGGGAGGCGUGCAGCUCAUGAGCGUUAGCUUCAGGUUGAUCCCCUCACGAGGCAGCGAGUUCGAAGAGCUCUUUGUGUUCGCUGAGCUUGAGGGCAAUACCGGCUCCCCGACAACUCUCGACACGGCCUAUGCCUGGUUCAGUGAAUGUUCAUCCCACCACCGGGAGCGGUGCAAGGAUCCUCCCACAUCGACCGAUGGAUGGCUCCCAACACGUCUCCUCGACGUUGGAGCCGGCAACGCCUCGCAUUGGAAGCUUCUGAUCAGCGAUACCGACCUGAGAGGAGGGCCUGCCCCUGCUUAUUUAACCCUCAGCUAUCGAUGGGGGACGAAUCCUCAACAUGCGCUCUUGCUGUUGUCUACUCUUGACCAAUACCGCAAAGGAAGCAAAAUUUCGGACCUGCCACAAACGUUUCAAGACUUGGUUGUGGUUGCCCGGCGUUUUGGCGUCCGAUACGUGUGGAUCGACUGCUUCUGCAUCAUUCAGGAUUGUCAGGAUGACUGGGAGGCCGAAGCCCCCAUGAUGAGACAGGUUUAUGCCAACGCCGCCUGCAACAUUGCAGCCUCUGCCUCGGAUAGCCCUGAAGGCGGGCUCUUUCGGUCCCGGACUAUCCAGGACAUUUGGCCUGGUAUCAUCGUGAAGAAGUCGACGUCGGGUCAUGAAGGGAGAUUCUACUGCGUUGACAGCAAUUACUGGGACCGCAAUCUGCUGACAUCCUCACUCCAUAGCAGAGGUUGGGUCUUUCAAGAACGCUUUCUGGGACCGCGGCAACUCUACUUCACCCGUGACCAGGUCUUGUGGGAGUGCCUCGAGGGGCACAGAUGUGAAGGUUUCCCCAACGGAGUGCCGCUCUAUGACUCGCCGAAGAGCAUCGAUCGGCUCGGCAAUUGUUGUCGCGAGGAUGCCAUGGCUCUCGAUGCCGUCAACCGGUGGUGCGAUCUUGUGACAGCUUACUCGCAUUGCCACUUCACCAAUCCCGAAGACAAGCUGUACGCUUUUUCGGGGAUCGCAAAGUUCUUCCAAGAGAUUACGAACGAGACGUACGUCGCCGGCCUGUGGCAGUCGCGCAUCCUGGACCUCCUCGGCUGGGUCGUGACCAGGCCACAGGCGAAGCCUUCAGGCGCGUACAGGGCUCCCUCAUGGUCGUGGGCGUCCGUGGACGGACCAGUUGAGAUGUCCAAGCCUGCGCUGGGCGAUGUCGAGCCGUUGCUAACCGUUCUAGAGGUGCACGUCUCGACGAAGAGGGAAGAAGACAAGACGGUUGGCGUGACGGGCGGCUUUAUCAAGUUGAGAGGAGCAUUCAUCACAGCUUCCUAUACUCGGGAUUCGACAAGAGCCCAUCGGCUCCUGCAUGUUCAGCUUGACGACGGCGAUGGGACCACGAUUUCUGCGCGGCCGUGGUUGGACACGGCGGAGGUGCAGUUUGGAGAAGGAGGCACCUUCCACUUCUUGGUUCUGCACAGUCUGGCCAUUUCCUCCGAAGGACAUGCUGCCGAUGCGAAGAUUUCGAGUCUCAAGUGUCUUGUGUUAGCGCCGGCGAGCGAGCUGGACGGCACAUAUAAGAGGAUAGGAUGGUUUGCAUUGCGGGACCAGGAAGCAGUCGAUAGAGUCUUGGCAUCCUGUAAGGGACAUCCGAGAGAGGUGGUGCUUGUCUAG